CAACCUUGGUACGGGAUCGGACAAACGUCAACGCGUUGGCGCCGAAAAGGAAUUGUCAUUGUUAGAAAAUUGAUCAAAACUGCGACACGUUUUUUCUUGACCUGGCAGUUAGUUAGUUUUUAGUGAAUAGUUUUUAGAGAAAGCCGUAUGUAUUGAUUACUAUAGUUGUUCCGCUCAUCCUUUAAAGUAUUUUUUAUAGUAGGUGGAAGCUAUUUGGAAAGUUGCGCGUGAUUUGAGUGCUCGCGGGUUUGUGAGUCGGAAGAGGUUGGGUUAUAGAAAUUCCUUACUGCGCAAUUUGCCACUAAAAUAUUGUAUUUCCUUUAAUAGUUUGAGUGACCGUUCGGUUGUUCCGGUUAGGUGUACCGGGUUGAGCUCAAUUAGAGCGGUAGGAAAGAAAAAGCGUAAGUACGCAAGUGUACUUUUCAAUUACCCGAAGAUAAAUAUGAUUUUCGUCCAUUAGCUUCAAAUAGCCGGUGAUAUCCGACGGUUUAGGGUUGCCAGAGCUAGAGCUUAGGGUAAACGGCGAAACUUAUUUUCGAGUUCGUUCGCAUACAACGUACUACGGAACAGUUUUUAUUUCCCACAAAUCUCGAAAAUAAAGCUGCAACGAGCAACCUAAACCUGGAACCGAUGAUGGAAGGCCCUACCGGAGAGCUGUACAGCUGCGUGACAUGUCGCCGCCCGGAUUCAGCGCAGAGCAUGGUCGCUUGUGACGAAUGUUCGCAAUGGCAACAUUAUGGAUGCGCCGGUGUUACGGCUACCAUAGCCGAUCGCAGCUGGCUCUGCUGCAGAUGCGUAGCUAGUCACAACGCAGUUAAUUUGACUCAAACCGGCAACAUAAACUCGCCCGAAGCACGCACAACAUUCGCUUCAGCUCGCGCCGCUGAACGUAAUGAUAAUACCACCGGUCCAAUUAGUGGGAGACAGGACGAUCGAAAUUUCGGAAGACUUCAAUCCUCGUCUAAUUCGAAUGCCGGAUCAGUCGUCUCAGUCAAUGCUAUUGCUCAUCUUCGUUUGAGGCACCUGAAAGAGCAAAAGGAUUUGGAGGAUCAAAAAGCGGAACGGGAUCGCGAAUUUCUUGCUAGAAAGCAGCAGCUAGAAGCAGAAAUAGCUUUGGAAGAGCUCAAUGAAGGAUGUGAUCGUAGCGUAGGAGGAAAAAGUCAUCGAAGUAUCGCCGGUUGGGUGGAACAACAAUGCGGAUUCGUGCAUACUUCUACCCCAGUCCAGCAGAAACCCGAGACAGUGGCUCCAAGUGCGAACCCACAUCCCGCCAUCCAACAGCGAGAGGAGCGGCAAAGAAUGCAAGCAAUAAUUCAAUCAGGUCAACAGAUUCAACCAAGCACUGCGCCAAAACAAGCAGAGAUUCCAGUAAGAAAUCCUCCCCCAGCUAUAGCACCGGGCCCAAGGAGCAAUUAUCUUGAUUCGAAUCCACGUUUUCCGCCAGUGGCUCAGAAUCCAGUUCCACCUGUACCAGUGAAUCCGCUAACAUUGCCACCGCCGAGCUCGUCGCAGUUCCCUGGAUUUCCAGUGAUGAAUAACCCCUACGGGACGAUGUAUUUUCCAAAUAUUCCUGACAUGCCGUCAUCUGGUGCUGAUUAUCAGUUUGCGCACCCUCAGGGAGGAGUCUUUAUCAACAACCCAGUCAGGCAUCCGAACUUUGGUUUGAAUGUACAGCCGUGUGCUUGGCAAGCAUCCGAGCAGCACCCGCCUACAGUUCCACCAACAGUGUCAGCAGAUUUGGGUAAAGGAUUUCCUCAUGCUACAGGUCGCAUGAUUACGCCACAGCAACUGGCGGCGCGUCAAGUUGUCUCUAGAGACCUCCCCAAGUUUUCCGGGGACCCACUCGAGUGGCCCAUGUUCUUGAGUGCAUUUGAAUCGACAACGGCCAUGUGUGGCAUACAACCCGACGAGAACCUUGCUAGGCUACAGAAAAGUCUUGUUGGUAGCGCUCGCGAAAAGGUUCAGAAUAUUCUAACGCUGCCGGAUGCAAUCCCGGAAAUUAUCGACAUCCUACGAGCCGAGUGUGGAAGGCCAGACCAAAUUGUAUACUGUCUGCUAUCCAAGAUCCGGAAAACCGCUCAGCCGUCUGUGACGAAAUUGGAGACGCUUGUGACGUUCGGCAGAGAGGUACGCAACAUGGUGACGUACAUGCAGUCAGCGAAACUGAACACCCAUUUGGACAAUCCACUAUUGCUGGCAGAGCUUGUUGCGAAGCUUCCACCCGACUUGCAGCUACAAUGGGGUAUGAAGUUAGCAGCUCUUCCGGAACCAUCGCUUGGCGAUUUCUGUGCGUUUGUGUCGGCUUAUCGAACAGCGGCAUGCAAGGUGAAAUUGACGUCGGAUGUUGGUCUGAAUGAAAAAGCCACAAAAGGUGUUGUGAGAAAGGAGAAGCCAGUUUAUUUGAACGCACAUUCCGCCUCCGUGUCCUCAGCGCCUGGACCACCGGCUUCGAAAGUUACUCCGGUGCUAAAGCCGUGCCUGAUGUGCAAAAGUACAACGCACAGAGUCCGAACUUGUAAGCAGUUCGAAACGUUGCCGCUCGAAGAGAAGCUGAGGUUCAUCAGUGAAACGGAUAUGUGUAAGCGUUGUCUGGCGCCGCAUGGAAGGUGGCCUUGCCGAAACAAGCAGCCUUGCGGGAUCAAUGGAUGCCCUGAGCCCCACCAUAAACUGCUACAUCCAGGAAGUUGUUCGACUCUCAAGAGUCAAGGAUCGGAAUCUUCGGUAUCGGUAACUGCCCAUCAUCAACACCAGCAAGGCACCACUUUCUUCAAAAUACUUCCCGUGACUCUUCACGCGAACGGGAAGUCGGUGUCCACAUUUGCUUUUCUGGAUGACGGAUCCGACCUGACGCUGGUCGAAGACGAACUUAUCGACGAACUGGGCUUGGUGGGCGAAAGAAUUCCGCUUUGCUUGCAGUGGACUAGUAACGUCACGAGAAGUGAAAGUAACUCUCGUAAGGUCGAGAUAGGUAUCUCGGGUGCUUCGAACAAUCGCAUCCAUCAGCUGGCGAACGUAAGAACCGUUGAGAGCUUGGAAUUACCGAAGCAGAGCCUGGAUUAUGAGAGUCUCUCGAACCAAUUCCCCCAUCUGAGUGGACUUCCCAUCAGCAGCUACCGGACGGCCGUGCCACGAAUUCUUAUCGGUGUCGAUAAUGCCCAGCUCAACUUAGCUUUGAAGAAGAGGGAAAGAUCCGGAGGAGAACCUGUUGCUGCUAAAUUUCGCCUCGGAUGGGCAAUAUUCGGUGGAAGACGAGCACCUGAGACGAUAGGUAGUGCUUAUGUUCACGUCUGCGAGUGCUCCAAUAGCCGCGAGCUCCAUGAAAUGGUCCAGCAGUAUUUUGAAUUCGAAAACCUGGCGAUAUCCGGAUUGAAUCCGCCCGAAUCCGAUGAAGAUCGACGGGCCAGAAGAUUGCUCGAAGAGACGACAGUUCGUACACCAUCCGGAAAGUUCCAAACUGGAUUGCUUUGGAAAAGCGAUGAGCCGGUUUUUCCGAACAACUUUAGCAUGGCAGUACGUCGACACGGUUGUUUUGAAAGGCGCUUGCUGAAAGAUCCCGAACUGAAAACUAAUAUUGACAAACAAAUCAACGAUUAUCUACAGAAGGGGUACGUUCACAAAGCGACGUCAGACGAGCUCCGCAACAGUGACGACAGAAAGAUUUGGUACCUGCCAAUCAGCGCAGUGCGACAUCCGCGCAAGCCAACGAAGGUGCGUGUAGUCUGGGAUGCUGCGGCUACGUAUGGAGGAACCUCUCUGAACUCCCAGCUUUUGAAAGGGCCGGAUUUGGUGAAGCCCCUUCUAUCUGUCCUCUGCCAAUUCCGACAGAAACAGUAUAUCAUCGCUGGGGACAUAAGGCAGUUGUUCCAGUUGAUUAUUCGUCCGGCAGAUAGAAACGCACAACGAUUUUUGUAUCAGGAGAAUUCAGAAGCUGCGCUCAACGUGUACAUGGACGUCGCAACGUUCGGGGCAACGUGCUCCCCGUGUUCAGCACAGUUUGCUAAGAAUGGAAACGCCCAGGAAAAUAAAGAUCGUUAUCCGGAAGCUGCUAAAGCAAUUGUUGACAACACAUAUGUUGACGAUUUCCUUGCGAGCUGUGCCAUUGAAGAGGCAACGAAACUGGCUUUGGAAGUGAGUCUGGUCAACCGAUCAGCUGGUUUUGAGAUACCUAGUUGGCAGUCGCACUCCAAACACGUUCUGAAACGGGUUGGGGUGACUACUGGAGAUAAUUUUGUAGUUAACAUGGAAAAUUGCUCGCGGUGUGGUGGUCUACUCAACCGAAUUGCUAACCUGUAUCAUUUUGCGCACCGCUUUAAGCGCUUCAAACGGGAUCCUGUGGAAUCUAGUGAGUCCUGUGGUGGUCUGAAUCGUGAUGAUUAUGUGUCGGCGGACACAGCCAUUUGGCGAGCUGUGCAGCGACAGGUGUUUGCAGGAGAAAUUAAGGCGCUUAGAAGCAGUUCUGAGCCUUCAUCGAAGCAGUGGAAGCGUAUCGGCAAGGGAAGUGUCCUAGCGAAGCUAACGCCGAUGAUCGAUGAGUCCGGUGUUCUUCGGAUGGCGAGCGGAAUCGACCCUCAAGCGGCUCAUUAUUCGUUAGACGUGCGAAAUCCUGUGAUAGUACCAAAAGAUCAUAAUGUCAUCACUUCUUUGAUCCUGCGAUUUUACCAUGCCAAUAUCGAGACGGUGCUGAUCGAGUACAAGCUACGUUACUACAUUCCCCGGAUGAGAGCCAGUUCGGAGAAGGCGCACCAUCAAAGGCUAGACGAUGAAGGACUGCGAACAUUGCUCUCGGAAGCAAAAUUGAUAGUCAACUCCCAUUCGCUGACGUUCGUGCCGCUGGAGGAUCCCAAGGAAAAAGUGCUGACUCCAAAUCAUUUCCUUUGGCUAAGUUCCGGUGAAGACAGCAAACCACCAAGGGUACCAAUCGACGACGCUGCGCCUCUUCGACCAAACUGGAAGGUUAUUCAACACUUAACGAACCAGUUUCGGAAGCGCUGGGUGCAAGCUUAUCUACCUACUAUAGCCUGCAGGACGAAAUGGUUAGCGGAAAUGCAGCCGCUGAAGGUCGGCGAUCUAGUGGUCAUCGUAGACGAGUCCGUGCGCAACGGAUGGCUUCGAGGUAAAGUGGUGAAGACUUAUCCAGGACGAGACGGACAAGUUCACAAGGUCGACGUGGAUACCCGCGACGGAUCUAUUCUUCAAAGACCAGCGGUAAAGGUUGCUCUGUUGGACGUGCAGGAGGAUAGUAAAGUCGAUUGACUACGACGUUACGGGUUGGGGUGUUAGCACAACUGGCAACCUUGGUACGGGAUCGGACAAACGUCAACGCGUUGGCGCCGAAAAGGAAUUGUCAUUGUUAGAAAAUUGAUCAAAACUGCGACACGUUUUUUCUUGACCUGGCAGUUAGUUAGUUUUUAGUGAAUAGUUUUUAGAGAAAGCCGUAUGUAUUGAUUACUAUAGUUGUUCCGCUCAUCCUUUAAAGUAUUUUUUAUAGUAGGUGGAAGCUAUUUGGAAAGUUGCGCGUGAUUUGAGUGCUCGCGGGUUUGUGAGUCGGAAGAGGUUGGGUUAUAGAAAUUCCUUACUGCGCAAUUUGCCACUAAAAUAUUGUAUUUCCUUUAAUAGUUUGAGUGACCGUUCGGUUGUUCCGGUUAGGUGUACCGGGUUGAGCUCAAUUAGAGCGGUAGGAAAGAAAAAGCGUAAGUACGCAAGUGUACUUUUCAAUUACCCGAAGAUAAAUAUGAUUUUCGUCCAUUAGCUUCAAAUAGCCGGUGAUAUCCGACGGUUUAGGGUUGCCAGAGCUAGAGCUUAGGGUAAACGGCGAAACUUAUUUGUAAGUUAAUAAGAGAUUGUUUACAUUAUCAUCAUUUAAUAAUAAAUGUAUUUACAGUCGAGUUCGUUCGCAUACAACGUACUACGGAACAGUUUUUAUUUCCCACAGUGUCAUUACACAAAUUACACGAUAUAAGCGAUUAACGUGAUUUUUUUUGUUUUCAGUUGGUGCUGCCGAUCUAGGUGCUUUCCCUGAGGUUAUCACCGUGACAUGCCGGAAAUCAUAAGCCCACAGCCCAGUCGCCAAUAGAGCAUAGGGAUUAUGGAAUGCCGAGCACUGGUAUCGAAGUCAACAAGGCUGCAGCAGCACCAGAGGGCAGCAUUGGUUGGCAGUUUGUAGUGGAUGCGAAAAUUUGAUUAAGUUUCUACCUCGUCAUUACCGGAAACCAUACCGGCAAUUCUCACUUUUUAACCAUAAUUUUUUUUUGUUGAUUGUCAGAUCCGAUUGCCGUUUCAAUUCAGCAAUUCAAGUUAAUUCUGAACCCACAAUUCGGUUUUAAAUUGAAUUUAUAACUGAUUCUUUGCAACCUACCAUUUCGAUUGAAUUUCUAACAACUCCGCUUUACAGUAAUUUUCGUUAUAUUUCUUUUUUUUUCUUACUCGUCAUCACCUAGAAGGUACCGCCAAUUGUCACCUUAAAUCGUAAAGGUAUGAACCAAAUAAAGAUGUUACAAAAAAAACUUAUCGGUAACAAACAGUUUGAAAUUUAAUUCAGCCAAAUUGAGCAGAAAUCCCUAAAAAACCCCUCAACUCCAACACGUUUAUAAAAAGAAAUUUUCGUCGUUUAAAA